AUGGCUGUGCUGCAGUCGUGUGUCUCUCCUUUAUCUGAGGAGCCUUCUUCUUCCUCCUCCUCUUCCUCACCCUCACACAACGAGCCCCACUCUGGGCUACAAGAGUUGUCAAAUGGUUUUGACCAUCACGCUGCCCUCUGUCUGCACGGAGUGGUACUGCAGGCCCAGGACACCCACCUCCAACCUCCAUACUUCACCUACUCCUCCUCCACCACCACCUCUCCUAUCUCCUUGCCCUCCUGUUCGUCCGUGUCUCCCACAUGGUCAUGGUGUCGCUCUGGCUGUGGCCAGUCAGGAGAGUUCCUGCCUCUCAGUCCCCCAGGGCUCGCAAUGAUCCCGUCAUCCAGAGUCCCGUCCUGGAAGGACUGGGCCAAACCAGGCCCUUAUGACCAGUCAAUGGUCAACACCCUGAAGAAGAGCAAAGACAGGAGAGAGACUACAGAUCCCAGCAGCCACCAGGGCACUGACAUCACCACAUCAGGAGAGGAACCACAGGGGGUUAAAGGACGCCACUCUGUGACAUCAUCCAAG